CAGGUGCAGUGGCCGCACCUUGUUGAUUUUUCACUGAUAGAGUGGAUCUGUUAUAGUCCAGCCCAGUCUGAUCCCACUAGGCUCUGGCAGGGAAUUUUACUGUUGAGCCUGUGGAGAGGGCAAAGCACGUCUAAGCCCCACCACAGUCACAACGGCUAACACCUCGUUGGAUGUCGCCCAGUCUCAUUUGCUUUUCACAAUAAUCAUCCCUGUUGCACUUCGUGUAGUGGGAUUUGUUAUGAUGAAUGAACCAAGGGAUCAGGGUCCCCAAGAAAUGGAACUCCUGGCCAGCACGGAGCAAGGUAUAGAAAACCCUAUCCUUGUAAUCCCCACCUCUCCAGACGAAGAGGCCACGAACGACACGAGCCGCGCACCACCCAUAAUACAUGAAGGGGUCUUCUGCGAUGGGCCAUCUUGUGGCAAUGAUUCCGACCCACACCCUAUCCAGGGUACACGGUUCAAAUGCGCGACAUGUCCAGAUAUGAACUUUUGCAUGGAUUGUCUGCUAGAUGACGCGAAUGCUCACACCAGAACACAUCCGCUUCUGAAGUGUACCACACCAUCAGCACUUCCUAGGUACCGGGAACGAUUGAAAGCUUCCCAGACGAAAAACAAGCCAAGCAAGGGAGACCACCCGGUGCGACGGCACGAGUUACACAGUAUCCGCUUUGAAGGUAUCCAGAAUCAUGUCACCCAAACGAUGUUGAGUGAUGUAAUGGCACGCAAAAAUCGUGAAGGGAUACAUGACCCCGCGGUCCGGCAGAUGGUCGAAGAACUAAAUCAUGUCCUCUCACGAGUGGGCAGAGAAACAACAAAUGCCCUAGAUGUCCUGGAGAUGGACCGACCUGAUAAAGAACCCCUCACGAGCGAGGUAAUGGACAGAAUCGCAGUCUCCUUUGUGACUGACGAUUCACCACGGCCUGGGCAGAAGCAGAGUUCACUGGCCAACGCGAAUCAGGAGGAGAAGUGGUCCCAGUAUAGGCACCAUCAUUUUGUCCGUCGAUGGGGCCUGUUCAGUGAGGAUGAUGGACGAGACGAGGAAUGGUGGAUCGAGGAUCCGGAGAUAUUCGACGAAGAGGAUUCCCGCUAUCUCUGCGAAAUGUGCCGUCAUAUUAACUUCAAGGCACUGUUCACCCAAAGAGGCCUGCCAGGCAACACCGAGCCCGGGCCAACUGAUAUCACUAUAUACGGGCUGGAGCACGUCAUGGCCGGCAAUCGCGCAUGUGCAUUCUGUCGGCUCCUACGAAGAUCAUUCACGGAGAAUGGGUUGCCGGCCGAUGGCGGUCGGGAAAUCUUCGAAGGACAGGAGAUAACGCUCAAAAUUCUUGACGAAGGGCCAGAGUAUGGUCUCCGGCUAGAGAUAUCGCUUCCUCUCGGUCUUACUCACGCCCAAUAUCACUCGCUGCCUCCCGUUCUGAUUCAAUGGGCCGAGGGUGGGGAUGAACAACAUCCUGGAGGGCGAGUGAUACGGCAAGAAUAUACCGAUCUAACGCUUCUCAAAACUUGGAUUGACACCUGCGACCGCUGUCACUCCGUCCAGGACGACCAGCACUCGACGGAUGUGCAGGAAGACGCCCUCCAGCUCCGUUUCAUCGAUGUCCACGCAAAUCGCAUCGUGACACCCGAAACACUCCCCCGAUACGCCUGCCUAUCGUAUGUCUGGGGAGGUGUCAGUGGGACCCAGUACACAUCAGACACGAGAGCCGACCUUGAGGCGGAAAACGGGCUGUACCAUGCGUCGGUGACGCUGCUGCCCACCAUUCGAGAUGCAAUGAAAGUGGCGAAAGCAAUCGGGAUUGACUACCUCUGGGUUGAUGCUCUGUGUAUCCUUCAAGACAACGAAGAAGACGUGGGCCGAAACAUCGCUGGUGCAGGGUUAAUCUACAGCGGCGCAGCGCUGACUAUUAUUGCCUCCACCAAUUCCAAUCCGAACCACGGUCUUCCUGGGGCUAGCACCGUGCCUCGGUCAAAGGGCCAGAUCCGAGAGACAGUCCAAGGGAUGUGCUUGGCCACGGUAUUCCACAACCCUCGCAGACAACUGGAGGACAUUGAAAAGACGGUAUGGAACACUCGCGCGUGGACAUAUCAGGAGCGACAGCUGUCCCACAGAACCGUGUACUUCACCGAGUCGGAAAUGGUAUUUAUGUGUCCCCACGCGACUUGUUUUGAGGACACCGUCCCAGCAAUGAAUCUCAACUGGAAACCAUUGGCGAAUAAUGAUCUCCUCAAUUCAGACCCCCGGGGGAUCGAGUUCCAAAUAUGGUCCGACCCAACACAGCGCUGGUUUCCGAACAAGGCCUUUGAGACAAGUGGUGGCAGUAUAACUAUGGUGGCAGUCGAUGCGGACGGGCAAAAAGAGCGCGCGCCAUGCUCCGAUCCUGCCCCAUUAUACCGCAUCACUCGACUCUCCGGACCGCAUCUGCCCGGUCGACUAGAAGAUCAUGCUGAGGCCAUGACCCCAUGGAAGAGAUACACUAACGCAGUGAGCCAAUACACAAAACGGAUGCUAAGUUUCGAUGAAGAUGCCGUGAGGGCCUUCGCUGGUAUGAGGGGUUUGAUCGCCAGAGGGGCCAAUACGCGAUUCUGGUACGGCAUGCCCGAGUUUGCCUUUGAUCGAGCAUUACUUUGGUACCCGAAACAGCUCGUCGAACGAAGAAGGCAGGGUGAACGCUCGUUGUUUCCCAGCUGGACCUGGGCUGCAUGGCAAGGCUCUAUCCACUACAAAGGCAAGGGGUGGCACAACUCGCAGUACCAUGGACCAGCCUCGGUCAUCAAUUGGUACCAAAACCUGAGUCGGCAAGACUUUCUUUCUCGAUAUCCUAUCGAUACUAACUCGGGACGCCCCAUGGAGGAGGUGAUCGAGGGGUCGAAGCUUGAUCGGUUUCUUUCUUCACUGGACCCUGACGAGGUGAACAAGGUCACAGACCCGUCGGAUGGCUGGAUAUCGCAGUUUGACGAAACCUCCAACCAGCACUAUUAUACCCAUAAAUCAUACCCAGGACUCAAUUUUGAUUACCCGGUUUAUCUUCCGGGUCAGGAAGUCCCAGAGCGGCCGGAUCCCGAAGGGGUUGUGUACUUCAAUGCGCAUACCGCAGAGAUUCAACUGUAUGAUGUGAGUAGUACUGUUGGCUCCGCACCAGAGCCGCCCCGGGAUAAAUUCAUCCAGAUUGGGUUCCAUGACGAGAGAAGAUCAGCAAACUACCGCCCCCCAUGGAAACGCAUUCUCUACCAUCAAGGCUACCGAUGUGGCUUUCUUGUCCUCAAUAUUCCGUUCGACGAUAUUCAAAACGCCCCCGCGGACGGAAACUACUAUCUUGCUGCCAUCUCCAGAGAUUCUCUCCCCGAGAUCCCCACCCCUGGUAAUAAGGGCUUGGCAUAUAGGGCGCUGGAUCCACGACAGGCCCAGUACUUCAUAUACAAAGAGAGUCAAGAGGACGACCCGCUGGCUUCAUAUGACGCACCUGAUCCCACAGCACCACCCGAUGCCCUACCCAAGUCAGAAAACGGCGAUCCCCAUUGGGAUGAAGGGCGAUUUUCGACAUCAAUGGCGUUUCCGAUGUAUAACGUACUUCUACUUCGAGCCAACGGGAGAUUUUCGGAGCGUGUGGGCGUCGGCAAGAUUCACUUCCAUGCAUUUCACCUCGCUUCUCGCAAAACUAGUCUCAUCAUGUUGAAAUGAGACUGGUCGCUCUCGACCGGUGACAGGUUGGGACAAAGUAGGAAACCCGUUC